GAUUAGCCUCCUCACGCUUUCUCUUCUUAUCACCCCUUUACUUGCCUUCUUCUCUCGUUGUCGUCGACUUCGACCUUUGACUUUCGCUUUAUGCGGUACGUUGGCUUUCUUUCUUCACCCUUGCCUCUCUCUGCCUUGCCGCCCGUGCAUUCACCCCACCACAGCCAAGACGCGCUGGUCCGAGCCGGCAUGGCAGGCGUGGGCGCCGGCGGACAGCGCAGCAACAUGGGCGCCAUGGGCGAGAGCAUGACGCGGCACACCAGGUCGACCUCGUCGCUGCGCAGCGCCGUGGGUGCGCUGGGCGGCCUUCGCAGCCGCUCGUCUUCCAAAUCCCUGCACGAGCGCACUCAGAGUCAGCAGAGCGACUACGGCUCGGGCUCGGGUCAUGGCGCACACUCGCGCUCCGCCAGCAGCAGCAACACCUCGCUCGUGCGCACACGCCGGCGCAUGACGCCGCCGAGCGAGAAGCCAGAAGGCUCCGCGCCGGCCAUCGAGGUAUCGAGCCUGCAGCGCGAGCCCUCGUCGUCGUCUUUGCGAGGGCGCAGCGCCCGGGCGCUCCAGACGGCGGCUCAGAAUGCGGCCAAUCUGGCGCCGUUGCUCUUCACCAGCCAGCACGCUGCGAUCGACCAGGAUCGCUCGCCAGACGCGCGCGCUGCCGGCUACUACGGCGGCAACUACACAAACGUGGAGAUUGCUUGGGCGGAAGGAGUGCCCGUUGCUCUGCCAUCUGCUCGCUCGCCGCCUGAUCAUCGUAUCGCCGAGCUGUCGCCCUUGGCAAGCUCCCAGCUGCAGGCCGACUCUUCACCGCUCGCGAGCUCUCAGCUGCUGGAUGCCUAUGACUUCCUCGACAGCGAGAAGACACCAACAGUCGAAACAGGUCCGUCACCACCACCUAAGGAUGCGGCCAAAACGUCGUCGGCGGAGUCCACGCCUCGUCCCUGGGAGACCCGACGCGAGAUGGGCGCGGUCAGUGCGCUCAUCGCGGACCAGCUGGCCACUGCACGCAAGGCAGCCGGCCUGCAGCCCUUGAAUGGACAGAGAUGGUCGCCCGACGACAGCAAGUCGACGUCGCCAGAGCCGGCAAACUCGCGCUUCUGGAAGCAGCAGCAGCAGAAGCUCGAGCCGCUCCACCAACAGCGCAAGAGCCUGGCCACGUUCUCACUGCGCCAGGACGGCGAGUCCGGCUUUGAGCUCACGCCCGCCAGCUUUCCCACACCCGUCGAGCAGGACGACGUGGCGCCGCUCAAGAGUGCCCGGCGCUGGGUGCCAGAGGUGGCGGCGCCGUACUCGCCGGGAGCGGACAGCUUCGCCACGACGAUCGAAGGCCGCGCUUCGCUGCUCUCCGGGGCACCGACUUCUGCGGGUGCCGCAACUGCAGACGAAACAUACCGCCCAGCCUCGUGGCGGCGUCUGCCCGGCAACCGACCGCUCUCGCACGAUGGCGUCUCCCCGCGCACGCUCGAAGUGCCCGGCGGACCGCACACGCCAGCGCUCACGCCCCCGCUCGCGCCGGGAGCCGGUCGCGGUCUGCAGCUCUUCAAUCGCUUGGGCGCGCAGCAGAAGGCUGCCGAAAGCACGAGAGCCAGGCGUGCUUCCGGCAACCUCGGUCCGGCGCAGCUGGCGCAUGACACGCGCCCCAGCAUCUCCGUCUUCUCCACCUCGUCCGACGAGGCCUCGCCGCCGCCGCCGACGCCAAAGUCAAGCCGUCUGAGCCGGCCCAAGUCGGCCGGCGGUAUGCGCUCGCUCGCGCACGCCAGCUUCUUCGGGCGCCGCAUCAGCCCCUCCGAGGUGCCGCUGCGCGAGGCGAGAGAGAAGGGCAAGGCCGCACGGCCGCACGAGCGUUCGCUGCCGCCGCGUCCGCACUCGCAAGGACGCAACUCAGAGGGUCGCCUGGCGGCCGAGCACAUUCCGCCCGUGCCAGUGCUGCACGCCGCGCCGGCAGCGGGGGGCAAGCGGCUCUCAUGGCGGCGCCGCUCCGACGCCAGCCAGAUCUGACGCUUCGAGCCGGGCACACCACUCCAACACUCUCGCUAUGACCCGCCACGCCACCUGCCGCCGACUCCGCUCAUGAGACCACCUCCACGCCCGUUUGUGCAUCAAUUAUUCACUCAUUGCCCAUCGCCCUGCGCCGCGUGCCCGUCUAGACGAACU